AUGGAAAAUCGGUUGCGACUUACGACCACAAUAGAGGGCAUUAGGUAUCUAGCAAAUCAAGCAUUGGCUUUUCGAGGCCACGAUGAAUCCGUUGACUCAUCUAAUCGAGGAAAUUUCAUUGAAAUCAUAAAGUCUUUUGCAAGAAUGAAUAUAGAAGUUAAGAAAGUUUUCCUUGAUAAGGCUCCUCAAAAUGCUCAAUACAUUGCACAUGACAAACAAAAGCAAAUCUUACAUAUUUUUGCUAACAAGGUGAGGAAGACAAUUUGUAAGGAACUUGGGAAGAACAAAUUUUGUAUUCUAGUUGAUGAAUCACUUGAUGAAUCCGACACUAAUGCCUUGACUCUUAAAAAAGAGAUAUGCAAAGUGCUUGGUAAUAACGACAUUCUAGUGGAAAACAUGUGUGGUCAAGAGUAUGAUGGUGCUAGUAAUAUGCGUGGUUCAUGGAAUGGCUUACAAGCAUUAUUUCUUCAAGAUUGUCCAUAUGCAUAUUAUGUGCAUUGCUUUGCUCAUCGCUUGCAAUUGGCAUUAAAUGGUGCAGCUAAAGAUGUGAAAGUUUUAUGGAGAUUUUUUUUAAUGUUGACUAACAUUGUGAAUUUUGUUAGUGCUUCUCCUAAGCGUCGUAGUGAGUUAAACUUAAUUAGAAAAGUUGAACUCAAUGGGUUGUUGGAUUCUGGAGAACUUGAGACAGGUAGAGGACUUAAUCAAGCUCGUAGUUUGAAACGAGCUGGAGCCACUCGUUGGGGCUCUCAUUAUGCCUCUAUUACAAGUUUGAUGUGUUUAUUUAAAAAGACUAAAUUACUUCUUCAAGAAAUCAGUGAUCAUGGACCUAACCAACAAUUUCGUGGCGAUGCUGAGAGUAAUUAUAUUGCUAUGAUGUCUUUUGAGUUUGUGUUUUCAUUGGUUUUGAUGGAUAAAAUUAUGGGAUUGACCAAUUUUCUUUGUCAAGUAUUUCAGACCAAAACUCAAGACAUUGUAAGUGCUUUAAAUUUUGUUGAAAACACAAAAAUGCAGCUUCAAGAUAUGAGGGUACAUGGCUGGGAUGAUUUAUUCUGUAGUGUGGUAUCAUUUUGUGAACUACAUGGUGUUGAUGUUCCUGAUAUGGGUGCUCGUUAUAUGACGGGCACACAUCGUUCUUGUCAACAAAAAGAUUUUAUUACAUUUGAGCAUUACUAUCGCGUUGAUGUAUUCAAUGAUGCUAUAGAUUGCAUGUUAAGGGAGUUAAAUGAUAGAUUUCCAGAGCAAACUGUUGAACUUCUUAUUCUUUGCUCAGCAUUGGAUCCUCGUAAUUCAUUCAAGUCAUUCAAUAUUGAGCAUAUAUGUAAACUUGCUGAGAAAUUCUAUCCUGUUGAUUUCCUUCCAAAUGAGUUGAAAGAUUUGGAAAUAGAGUUGAGGUAUUUUGAAAAUGAUGUUGAUUCGGUUGGUGUUGACUCUUCCCGUUUCUACAGCAACAACGGAACGAGCUUUUUCAUGUAUGAGAAUUAUUCAGAAUCGGCUUUGAAGCACCAUAGCUGA